AUGGAGACAUCGCACAAAGAUUCUGUUUUACAUACACCGGAAACUUCACGAAAUCGUUGUGAUGCAACCAUUAGCCCAAGAUCUCCAGGUAGGGAAAGGUAUUGCUUGGGAUCAUUGAGCCCUCUACAUGAGACGUCGUCACAACCAGUGCCUCCAGGCAUCAAAACUCUCCAUGCACCAAAGGCAAAUCAAGUUUAUACUGUGCCUGUGGCUAGAAAUUUUGACUCUAAUAGAAUUGAUACUCUGUUGCUAACACUUGCAGAAAAACUAACCAAACUCAGAGCUAUCACAGAUUUAAUUGCCAGUGAUAUUGAUUAUUCGAGCAAACUUAUUCGUGAUAUCAAUAUCUAUGUUGGUCAAAGUAAAUGA